CUUGUCUGUUUACUGGCCAUCGUCGCCCGCUGGAUUGGGCAACAAGCCGACAUCAAUGCAGCUGGCGUCAGCUACGAGGUUUGGGCCCUCGUCCUUGGCAUCCUCUUGGCCAAUACUUUUGCCCUGCCUCCCUGGCUCAAGCGUGCAGCCAAAGGCGAGUUCUUCAUCAAGGUCGGGCUGGUCCUCUUGGGCCUGGACAUUCGCAAGGUCGGCGACCUGGGUGGUCCAGGCUUUUUGGUUUCUUGGGUGGUUACGCCGAUCGUAGUUCUUGUAGGUUAUCGUGUACUGGCCAUGAGCAUGCUGCGCAUGCAAGACCAGCGCGAACUGGCCCUGGUCUUGACCUGUGCCACCUCCAUCUGCGGAGCGUCGGCUGCCACGGCCGUGCACGGCUGCGUCGGUGGCUCCAAGGAGGUGCUCACGGUCGCCAUUGCCCUCGUCAACCUCUUCACCAUCCCUCAAAUGCUCGGUCUGCCAUAUUUGGCCCGCGCCGUUGGUCUCAGCGCAGGCGUCAGUGGUGCCUGGUUUGGCGGCUCAGUCGACGCCACCGGGGCCGUGGUAGCGUCUUCUGCCGUGUUUGAUGAUCUGAACGACAUUGACUGUGAUCUAGUCAAGGUCUGCGCGCUCAACACGGGCUCCACCGUCAAGAUUAUCCAAAACAUCAUCAUUGGGCCUGUCUGCCUGGCCAUCACGGCAUACUGGCUGGGUGAACAGCAGAAGCAAGACCAGGCUGCGCUUGACGUGGAAACGGGCAGCGCUGGCAUGGGUGCGGCAGAGUCGGCACCGCCCCCGGAAGGCAAGCUGCGCCAGCUCUGGAAACGUUUUCCAAAGUUUAUUUUGGGUUUUCUGUUUGUGAGCAUCAUCAUCACUAUCGUCAAUGCCACAGCAUCCGCACCAAUCCAGGAUACCCUCGGUGCCUGCGUGUCGGCGUCAUCACGCUGGUGGUUCUCCCUUGGGUUUGCCGGCAUUGGGCUGACCACUAAUUUUCGAGAAUUGGCCCAGUCGCUGCGCGGCGGGAAGCCUGUAUUUCUGUACCUCCUGGUGCAAGCGUUUGAUCUUCUUCUGACCCUCGCAGCCGCUUACCUGGCCUUUGAGGUCAUUUCCUAA